ACAACAGAUAACUUUAACUGUUUAAUCUGUGUUUGUGAAUGGUGUAUCCUCAUUCUAAGUAUUUAACCUUUGAGAUCUUGUGACUUGUGCCAAAACGACAGAUAACUUUAACUGUUUAAUCUGUGUUUGUGAAUGGUGUAUCCUCAUUCUAAAUAUUUAACCUUUGAGAUCUUGUGACUUGUGCCAAAACUCCACAGCCAUUCUUUUCCCAUCCACCGAAUGUGAAUGUGUCGGAGGAAGAUUAGCGGUUUGUGUUAAAAUGAUAGUUUCUCAACUUGUAAGGCCCCACAGGUCCUCUUGCCUUCUAGGCCAGUUGACAAAGGCUUUCGGUGAGAGAGUGUUCCUGUGUGGAGAGAUCGAACAGUCCUUUGAAGUAUACAAGGCGAGGAUAAAAACUCCCAAGACAUGCGAGGCAACCCCAGAUUCAAAAGAUCGAAUUCUUUUAAGUGGAGAUAUAGAAUCCAAUCCCGGUCCUCCACGAAGAUCUAUAGCUGAGAAAGGUCCAAGUACUGAAGAGAAAGUUGCCUCGAUAGAAGCAAGCCUGUCAACUUACGAGGCAAAAAUUCAAGGGCUAGAACAUGAGAUAGAGAGUCAGAAAGACAAAUAUGAGAAAACAAUUGAAGAUCUAGGGACUAGAAUACUGAGCCUUGAAGGCCGGAUUGAGGAGAUAAAGGAUGAUGCAACAAAUCAUAAUAAAACUGUACAAGAAUCCUUCCUAGAGUCAAUGGAGAAGUUGAAGGAGGAAUCCCGCGAAAAAAUCCUUGAAAUCAGUGAAAGAAUAAGUGGAAUAAGUGAAGAGUGUAACAGAGGAAGUGAGGAGUAUGGCGGAAAGUUUGCUAAAGUUGAAGAGAACUUUAAUAUUCUGCAGGUUGGACUCAGGGAUAUUCAGGAGGAUAACCAUGACAAGUUGGAUAAAAUAGUUAGUGAGACGAACAAAACCAAAGAAAUAAUGGGUUGGCUUGAAGGCAGGGUAAAGGACAGUAAAGUUGAAUAUACUGGUAAAAUCCAUGAGUUGGCUCAUGUAUCUCGGGAGCAGAGGCGUGAGUACAAAGCUAAAUUUUUGGACAUGGACACUGAGUACACGAGACUAAAGGAGAGAAUGGAGACGAUGAACCAGAUGUUGGAUGAAGUUCAGGAGAAACUUUAUGAAUUUGAGCAGAAUAAAAAGAAUAAUCUUAUUUUCCACGGUGUACUGGCAGAACAUCCAGAAACUUCGGACAGUUUGAAUCAGAAAGUUGCUCAUAUCAUUAAAUCAAAUAUCAGCAUUAAGCGAGAAAUCCCAAUCUCUAAAGCAAGUCGGGUCUUCACAGGUCCGGAUGUAAGAGGAACACGACCCGUCCUGGUUACGUUUGAAAGUUUUAAAGACCGGGACGAGGUUCUCAGAAAAGCUCGAAUGCUCAAGAAAGCGAAUAUUCAUGUAGAAGAGGAUCUCAGCAAGCGAACCCGUGAGAAUAGAAAUGAAUUAAGGAAAUUCAUGAGACAGAUAAGAAAGGCGAAUCCUGAAAGAAACUGUUUUCUGCAGUACGAUAAACUAUACUUAGACAACAAGAUCUAUGUGUACAAUGAAGUUCUUGCACAGGUUGUAGAACAUACUGAGAGUGUCAGGUUUGGAGAGAUGAUAUCUAGACCUGGAUCUUCUAUGGUUGGAUCUCUACCUAGUUUCUAUGGACCUAGUAGACCAGGUUCAAGAACAGGAUCUAGACCUGCCUCAGGUGCAGGAGGAGGUAGAGGAGACAGUUCUACCAGUAGUAUACCUAAACUACCUCCAUUAAACAAGCAGCACUCCAUCUCCCUCCCUAGUAUGGUUGACUACGUAGAUCCUAGAGAUGUCAAGCUUAAUGAACUAGAACGAGUCAUUAAUCAAUAUCAGGAAAGGUUAGCUGAUGUAACGACCAACUAUAUAUCUAGGAAAGGUUAG